AUGUUGUCCAUAUCUGCCAUUCAUCGUCCUGUUGGGAGCCUGGACUCUCACCAAGACUCCACUGCACAUGGGUUGAAGAGGUGGAAUAACAUCAACAAUUGUUUCGCCGGCGGCUUGCCUACCCCUCCGGGAUCAAAGACCAUGCCUGGAGUAGUGUUGGGCAAUGGCUAUGCUGGCUUCCCUGCUAAGGGCUUUCAGCAGGACCGAAACACGUUUCAAGAUGGGAGGGACACUUCUCAACAAAACCCAGCAUCGUCAACAGCUCUCAAUGGCAAUUCCUAUACGCUAAUUCCCCCCUCGAAUGGCUCGAGCCUUUACGACAACAGGAGAGCACCCGAUCAGGCCAAUGUCAAUGCGAUUGCUGCACACCUCCAAAUUCCAGAAUCGGUAAACAAAAGCAAGGGGAGUUUGGCGGAAUUUGCUGCUGAAAUCACCUGUCUAUUCUGGUUUGAAACUGCAGAUACUCUACAAUACGCAGAAGAUUUGCCGUUGGAUAGACCUGCAAACAGAGGGUUGCUUCCAGAUGCCAUCCCAACAAUUGGAUUCCGGAAAUGGGUGACGACAAUCAUCAGCACCACACAAGUGGGGAAACACGUAAUUCUACUGGCGUUGAUGUUUAUCUACCGGCUCAAACGAUUCAAUCCCACUGUUAGUGGCAAACGCGGCAGUGAAUUCCGAUUGUUAACAAUUGCUCUGAUGCUGGGAAACAAAUUCUUGGAUGACAACACCUACACAAACAAGACUUGGGCAGAGGUCUCUGGUAUAUCUGUCACCGAAAUUCACAUUAUGGAGGUGGAAUUUCUCAGCAAUAUGAGGUAUGACCUCUAUGCAUCGGCUGCAGAGUGGAGUGAGUGGAAGGCCAAAUUAGGAAAGUUUGGCGCGUUCUACGACAAGGCUUCUCAGUUGCCCUUCCCAGAUGAAAGCAAGGGAACUACCCCUGUAACGCCAACCUCCCAGAGUUUCCCUCCUAAGCUGCCCUCACCACCAUCCACUCAUCACAGUGUCAGUCCUUUUGCAGCCUCAAACGCUUUGAACGGCCAUUACCCAACACUGCCACACCCAUCGUCUGCCGCAUCCCAGCUUCCGAAUUCACCCCUGAGGCAGCUGCAUGGGUCAGCGGCCCACCAACAAGAAAGGAAACGAAGCCUCGAUUUCUCUGCUGAACAACCGCCUGCAAAAAGACAGCAAUAUUCAGUUCCCGUUGCGGGACAAGGUGGUGGUCUCACCUUGCUUCCCUAUACAAAUAACAGCCUGAGAACGUCUCCCACCACGACCAACCAUAUAUCAGAUUCUGGAAUUUCUUCCACACCACUGAAUGUCCCCAGGCUAGAUGCCCCGAGAAUACCGACGUCCUCUGGCCAUCUAUCCGAUCAACUUGCCCCUCUAGCAGUGCCGGUGAGUCGAGCAAUGUCGAGUAUCUAUCCCAACACCACUGCCGGGUACAGCCAACCCAUCACUCCUAUAUCCUCUGUUCAGAAUCUAUUCCAAAAUCCUAUUCCGAGUUUGGGAGACGGCAUCAGGCCAAUCACCAAUUACCCUUCGGCACACACCUCGCCUUCCAACGGUUUCAGCGGCGCCACUCCCACGCUUCCUGGUCUCUCACCCUCGUACUUCUUGACGCAUCGCGCUUCUCCGUACCGACCGGUUCGACAUGUCAAUACGCUGUUGAUUCCGCCUCCAUCAGCGGCUUUGCAAAUCCCCGUCAGAAACGUCCCAUCCGAUCAAAUUCACUACCAACCUUUAAGCAAAGCUACUACCGAGCGUCGUGCCGGGCCUCUGCCGUUCAUGCAAGCUGAUGGGUGGCAACAUAGCAACGCUUCCACCCCUGUUGUUCAUCAACAAUAUCAAUCUUGA